AUGCCAUUUGGGUUGAAGAAUGCGGAAGCCACAUAUCAGAGAGCUGCUACUGCUAUAUUCCAUGACAUGAUGCACAGAGAUGUUGAGGUACUGAGAUUGAAUCCCAAGAAGUGUACCUUUGGGGUAACUUCUGGGAAAUUAUUGGGGCAUAUUGUUAGUGAGCGAGGCAUAGAGGUUGAUCCCAAAAAGAUCAGAGCAAUACUUGACAUGCCUGCUCCGAGGACUGAGAGAGAGAUUAGAGGCUUUCUAGGCAAAUUACAGUACAUCAGUUGUUUCAUUGCUAAACUGAUAGACAUUUGUGAGCCUAUCUUCCGUCUUCUGAGGAAGAACCAGCCUACUUUUUGGGAUGAUGAUUGUGAGCACGCCUUCGAGAAGGUUAAGGAGUAUCUCCUUUCUCCUCUAGUUCUAGUGCCCCCUACACCUGGGCGGCCUCUGCUCCUAUACUUGUCAGUUUCGGACAUGGCUUUGGGUUGCAUGUUAGCUCAGCUCGAUGAUUCAGGGAAGGAGCGAGCCAUUUAUUAUUUGAGUAAGAGGAUGCUAGAAUAUGAGUGCAGAUAUAUUAUGAUUGAGAGCUUCUGUUUGGCAUUGGUUUGGGCCACCAUGAGACUGAGACACUAUGUGACAGAGUAUUCCAUAUUAUUGAAAUCAGUGAAGGGAAGUAUUAUUGCAGAUCAUUUGGCUUCUUUGCCAGUAUUCGAUGACAAACCGAUCAACUACGAUUUCCCAGAUGAGCAGUUUGUUUCAGUGACUAGUAUUGCAGGAUGGCGGUUGUACUUUGAUGGUGCCGCCAAUCAGUCGGGGUUUGGCAUUGGUAUCCUAUUGAUAUCAAUACAAGGCGAUCAUAUUCCCAGAUCAAGUCGAUUAACAUUUUCUGAUCAUCACCGGCUGACGAAUAAUAUUGUUGAGUAUGAGACUCAGGGUAUUUGGAGGACUCGAGAUGAGAAGUUGAAGCCUUAUCAUGCAUAUCUGGAUUUAUUGGUUGAUAGGUUUGAUGAGUUGAGAUAUACACACCUACCCAUAGUAGAGAAUCAGUUUGCUGACGCUUUAGCCACCUUGGCUUAUGUGAUUGAGAUCCCUACGGGGGUGACUGUGCGACCAUUGUUGAUUGAGAGUAGGUCUGCACCAGCUUACUAUUGUCUGAUUGGAGAUAUUGAGGAUCAGGAUGAGCUACCCUUGGAUGCACUUUAUAGGAGAUCGCCCGAUGGCUUAUUAUUAUUAUGUUUAGACCGCGCCUCUGCAGAUAGAGUGAUGAGAGAGGUCCAUGCAGGAGUCUGUGGCCCACACAUGGGAGGACACAUGCUAGCCCGCAAGAUUAUGAGGACUGGCUACUUUUGGUUGACCAUGGAGACAGAUUGUUGCCAGUUUGUACAGAGAUGUCCAGAGUGUCAGAUGCACAGUGAUCUCAUUCACGUGCCACCUUCGGAGUUGCAUGCACUCACAUCCCCUUGGCCAUUUUCAAUAUGGGGUAUUGAUAUUCUUAGGAAGAUCUCGCCCAAGUCCUCCAGUGGUCAUGAGUACAUCUUAGUUGCCAUUGAUUAUUUCACCAAGUGGGUGGAAGCUGCUUCCUAUGCUAGAUUGACAACGGCCAAAGUGGCCAAAUUCAUCAGAUCGGACAUUAUCUGUCGAUGUGGGGCCCCCCAUGAGUUGAUUUCUGACAGAGGGGUGCAUUUCAGGGGUGAGGUGGAUACAUUGAUUCAGGAGUAUGGCAUUCAACAUCACAGAUCGUCUGCGUACAGGCUGUAG